CAUUUCCCAGCAUACCAGGCGGUAAGGUAGAUUCCGGCGCAUGGCCGUUCUUGUUCUCCCUACCUCUCCUGCAGUUACUGAUACGAGUUCAGCGUCCUGAGGUGCUGCGCGCGGAGCUAUUAUAAUGGGACGACUGGGUGGGACGGACCCCCGGAGUGCAGUUUAAGUGAUCCAUAGAAGAGAGCACAUUUUAAUUACUGUGUAAGAAGAUUGGUGCAUGGGUGUUGUGCUGAUCUGCAGCCAUGGCCCACCUGAGGGAAUUUACCAACCAGCACUCUAGGGUUGAUCCAGAGGAACUGUUCACAAAGCUGGAGAGGAUUGGUAAAGGGUCAUUCGGGGAAGUGUACAAAGGAAUUGACAACCGUACCAAGGAGGUGGUAGCUAUCAAGAUAAUUGACCUAGAGGAGGCAGAGGAUGAGAUUGAAGACAUCCAGCAGGAGAUAACAGUGCUCAGUCAGUGUGACAGUCCCUACAUCACCCGUUACUAUGGCUCCUACUUGAAGGGCACUAAGCUGUGGAUAAUUAUGGAGUAUUUGGGGGGUGGCUCAGCAUUGGAUCUACUCAAGCCUGGCCCUUUGGAAGAGACCUAUAUUGCCACCAUUCUCCGAGAAAUUCUAAAGGGUUUGGACUAUCUUCACUCUGAGAGGAAAAUCCACAGAGAUAUCAAAGCUGCCAACGUGCUACUUUCAGAGCAAGGGGAUGUGAAACUAGCUGACUUUGGUGUGGCUGGCCAACUGACAGACACUCAAAUCAAGAGGAACACCUUUGUUGGGACUCCUUUUUGGAUGGCGCCUGAAGUCAUCAAGCAGUCAGCCUAUGACUUCAAGGCAGAUAUUUGGUCCCUUGGAAUUACUGCUAUUGAACUGGCAAAGGGAGAGCCUCCAAAUUCUGACCUGCAUCCCAUGAGAGUUCUCUUCCUGAUUCCCAAAAAUAACCCCCCGACCCUGGAGGGGCACCACAGUAAGCCCUUUAAGGAAUUUGUGGAAGCCUGCCUCAACAAGGACCCCAGAUUUAGACCCACUGCAAAAGAAUUGCUAAAGCACAAGUUUAUCACACGUUACACCAAGAAAACAUCAUUUCUCAUGGAGCUCAUUGACCGGUACAAACGUUGGAAGUCAGAAGGGCAUGGUGAGGAUUCAAGCUCAGAUGACUCUGACAUGGAUGGAGAUGCAGAUGACAGAGAUCAGGGACCCAUCUGGACUUUCCCACCCACCAUUCGUCCAAAUUCCUUGAACAAGCUGCACAAAGGGAUGCCUCAUCAUGGGGCUCAAAAGCCAGCUGAGCCUAUCAAGCGGCAGCCUCGGUCUCAAUGUCUUUCAACUCUUGUACGCCCUGUCUUUGGAGAGCUCAAAGACAAGCACAAGCAAACUGGAGGCCAUGUAGGAGCCAUGGAGGAACUGGAAAAUGCCUUUAGCUUAGCUGAGGAGUCUUGUCCGGGAAUCUCUGACAAAUUAAUUGCACACAUGGUGGAGCGAGUGCAAAGAUUCUCACACAGGAGGAACCACCUGACUUCAGCACGCUGAGGAGUUGUCUUUGUUACUCAUUGAAAGAAGGGUGACUUUUCCCAUCCCAGCUUCAUAAGAACUGCAUCUUGAAUCCAUCGCCAUCUGCUGUUGGAUGUUAGCAUUGUGCUGUGGAUUCCCAGACAUUUCAGAGCCUUUGUGUGUAUGCAUUUCAUGACCACCCUGGAUGGGAUUUACAACACAAAUGAUCAUGGACUACUUUGCAGAGUCCUAGAAGGGUAAUUUCUACAGUAUACUUCAUGGAGGUUUUUAAUUAUAUCCAAUUUCUCUCAGGUCAGACUUUGUUUCAAAGCAAAAUCCUGACUGCUGGAAAAUGGAAACUUAGACAAACAUUCCAAAAUGGAAGUGGUUCUGUGUAGCUCCCUGCUGUGGCCAGAGGUAUGUGCGAACAUAUUGAUCAGUAAGGAGGGCAUAUGGUGGUGCUACUCAAGGGAGUUUUGUUUGGAAUUCCUUCUCAACUAUUAGAACAAGAAGAUUGGCCUAAGAGUUGCUGAGACAGGUGAAGCUUGCCUCCUCCGAUCUGUUACUUGCCCCUUUUGUGAGGUAGGUUUGACUGCUGUUUGUACUCUGCACUAGCCCAUAUUUCACUGGCAACAGUUCAGAGCAUAUCUGCUCUUAACACCUUUUGCUGCUACGUAGUAUCUUGAGUGUGAACAUUCAGUGUCAUGGAUACAUUCAUACCCAAUUCAGAUAGUUUAUCAAGAGUAUUAUGAACUUGCUAAAGAGGGAGGCAAGCUAAAUGCUUAAUUACACCUACAGCUUAAAAGGAUUGGGGUCUGCCCACAGUCUUCAAACUUUGUAGAGGUCUGCUGUUCUUUGAAAUUUGACCAAGAUUCAGUAAAAUACAUGUGUGGUGCCAACUACUGGAGAAAGUUCUAGGUGAUGUUUCUGAAGCUUAUCCUGUCUCUCUCUCCAUUUUGGACUUGAACAGUACUGAUGCCCAAGUUGCUAAUGACCACUGCCUUUGGUUCUGGCUGAGAAGUAUCCUAUAAAUAUCUUAAGCAUUUGAGACUCCCAACUACUUCUUCAAGAAGUAAGGUGUUAAUCUCCAGUAUUAAUACAAAUUGAAGGUAGUCAUUUUGAGCCACUUCCUAAAUGCGUAAAACAUUUUAGUCGUUGACAGUGAUGUGGAUGUCUUCCUUUGAUAGAGGCAUCUCUGGCUGUCUAAUAUAUACAAUUGUGGGUGGAGAUAGGAUUGCUUGUACUACAUUUCCUCCAUGUACUGCUAGAGGAAAUGUAACGGGAAUGCUCUAUUCUUGGUGUUCAUCAGUUAUGCCGGGACAGUGUCUUCAGAGCUGCAUUUGCUGCAUCUCAGUCUUAUUUGUGGAGAGGUCAGUAGAGAACAUGGGCAGGAAGAUGAAGAAUCCAUUUUCCUUUACCAUUAUCCUCCAGGACUGCUUAUGCAACAGAUGGAAGUGUUAUAGAAAGGAAAACAGGAAGCUAUGAAGCUGCUACUUUGUGCUAUUCAUAAAAGGUACCUUGCAUUUAAUUCACAGUAUGUCACCAGUAAAGCUCUCACAGUGUCUCUACUAUUCAAAACAAGAAUGUCUUAGUUUUUCAAAUAAGCAGCAGUGAGAGGGAUCUGCCACUUUCAAUAAAACUGACUUGUCAAGUAAA